AUGCUCCUCUCCACCCCUAAAAAUGACAGCGUUUCCACCGCCGCCGGCGGUUCACUAAACCUUCUCCCCGAGCCUCCACGUUUUAGUGAAGUUAUUGAUAGUACUUGCUCCACCCCUUACGUCAGUGCACCAUCCAGUCCUGGCCAUGGUUCUUCGCUUCCAUCUGGUUACUUCUUCAGUGCUCCAGCUAGCCCAAUGCAUUUUCUGUUGUCAAAAGGGAAGGAUGAACCGUUUUCUUCUAAGUAUGAGCCAGUUUUUGGAACUUCGGAAUCUGGGUCGUCUUUCGAGUUUGAGUUUUCUUCAAGAUUGUCGCCGAAUGGACUGACUGGAAAUGGAUCCAUGAGUUCUGCAGAGGAGUUGUUCCUUAAUGGCAAGAUUCGGCCCAUGAAACUGUCUUCCCACUUGCAGAUGCCGCAGGUUCUUCUGCCGUUGGUGGAUUUCGACGGCGCCGGCGAUUAUGAGCUUGGCGAAGAAAAUAGUACUAGCAUGAGAGGAAGAGAUCUGGGGAUGCGCAAUCCUGGAUACGCUCACCGGAAAACCAGAUCUAUGUCGCCUUUUCGUACUACACAGUAUGAAUUUCACGCCGUUAAAAAUGCCUUCAUCCAUGAAGACAGUGAAAAAGAAAAGGAAACUGAAGCCCCGGCGUCUGAAGAAACGACGCCGUCAGGCUCGGCAUCUUCAUCACGUUCGUCAUCUACUGGAAGGAACAACUCAAAGAAAUGGAUGUUCUUGAAGGACCUUUUGCACAGAAGUAAAAGUGAAGGCAGAGCCAGUAACAAGGACAGAUUCUGGUCAGCCAUUUCAUUUUCGCCGGCAAAAGAGCAAUCACCAUCUCCGGCGACGCUCACUCCGACUUCAACAUAUAAGAAGAGAGUGAAAAAUGAGACUGCUGAAACCCAGAAGCAGAAGAAAGGUAAGAAAGUUCCGGUGGCCGGAAAACCGGCAAAUGGUGUAUGGAAACGCCGGGUCCCGCCUUCGGCUCAUGAGCUGCAUUACACUUCAAACCGGGCUCAGGCGGAGGAAAUGAAGAAAAAGACAUUUUUGCCAUAUCGGCAAGGACUUCUUGGAUUCCUAGGAUUCAGUUCCAAGAAUUAUGGUACAUUUAAUGGGCCGACCCGAACCCCGAACCCGGUUUCUUCCGGGUAA